AUGACAUCGUUUCCAUUAUCUACUGGUGCUUUGAAACAGGCUUUUUCAAAAGACGGCCAUGACAAAGUUAAAUGUCCCUUGGUUUUCCAAGUCACCAACUUGAAAUCGGUAAACACCAUGAAUAAUCUGAAGAAAUAUCGUAUUUUAUUGUCUGAUGGCGUUUACUCAACGCAAGGAAUCAUUGAAGAGAAAUGUACACCAUAUUUGGAAAAUAACAACUGGAGCAGGUACUGUACUAUUCAGGUGAAUGCUUUCCGUACAUUGGCUACUGCUAAACACUUUUUAAUUAUUGAAGAUGUUGAGAUUUUGACGCCAACCGGUGAGAAGCCCACGACGCCAUUGAUUAAUAUUGAUACUUAUUUCGCUGAACAUCCAGAAGAAGCAGCAUUGACUGUGACGAAAAAGCAAAAUUCAGUUGAUGAAAAGGAACAAAUUCCAAGUACCACCAAUACUCCACCUGUGGCACAAUCUACCGCCUCUAGUAUUGGUGCAGCACCAGCAUCGUCAACAACAACAGCUACUGCAACCAAGCAACAGUAUCCUCCACUGAAGGGAGUAGGUCAGCCAGCGCCAGCAAGAAUUUCUCCUAUUGAAACUAUAUCUCCAUACCAAAACACUUGGACUAUCAAGGCAAGAGUCUCAUACAAGGGUGAACUCAGAUCAUGGUCCAAUGCUAAAGGUGAAGGUAAAGUGUUUAGUAUCAACUUUUUGGAUGAAUCAGAUGAAAUCAAGGCGUCUGCAUUCAAUGAAUCUGCUGAGAGAGCUUACAAUUUACUUGAAGAAGGUAAAGUUUACUACAUCUCCAAGGCCAAAGUUGGUGCUGCCAGAAAGAAGUUUAACAAUUUAACCCAUCCAUACGAGUUAACAUUGGAAAAGGAUACUGAAAUUACUGAAUGUUUUGAUGAAUCAGAUGUGCCUAAAUUGAAUUUCAAUUUUGUUAAAUUGGACAAGAUUCAAAAUUUGGAACCAAAUGCCAUUGUUGACGUGUUGGGAGCUCUAAAAGUUGUUAAUCCACCAUUCCAAAUUACUGCCAAAUCCACCGGUAAAGCUUUUGAUAGAAGGGAUAUCACAAUUGUUGAUGAGACUGGUUUUGCUGUUGAUGUUGGUCUUUGGAACAAUACUGCAGUUGAUUUUAGUGUUGAAGAAGGUACCGUGAUUGCAUUCAAAGGCUGUAAAGUAUCUGAUUUCAAUGGUAGAUCAUUGAGUUUAACUCAAGCUGGAUCAAUUGUUCCCAACCCAGGAACACCAGAAAGUUAUCAAUUGAAAGGAUGGUUUGAUAACGUUGGUGUUAAGGAGAAUUUCAAAUCAAUGAAGACGGAAACGAACGCUUCAUCUUCAUUGGAUAGAUUAGCCAAUCGUAAAACCAUUGCUCAAGUUGAAGAAGAAACCAACAACAAUAUAGAUGGUGGUGAUCAACAACAACAACUGGGCUAUUUCACUGUCAAGGCGUGUUUUUCAUUCACCAAACCGGAAAACUUUGCAUACCCAGCUUGCACAAACAUUGUUUCCAACAAUACUGAUUCUUCUAAACCCGGUUUACCCUGUAACAAAAAACUAGUUGAAGUUAAUGAUAAAUGGAGAUGUGAAAGAUGUGAUUUAUCCUACGAUGAACCAACGUAUCGGUAUAUUCUCUAUAUAUCAAUUACUGAUGCCACGGGACAAUUGUGGACAACAUUGUUUGAUGAACAAGCCAAGAAAUUAUUGGGCAUAGAUGCCAAUGAAUUGAUGAAAUUGUCUUUGCCAAAUGAAUCACACGCUGUUGCUGAAUAUAUAUCAAGAGCUUAUUUCAAAGAGUAUAAUUUCAGACUUAGAGUUAAACAGGAUACGUUUAAUGAUCAAUUGAAGUUGAGGUAUCAAUGUGUUGGGUUGAGUGAUAUUGAUUAUAAUACCGAGUGUGAGUUCUUGUGUUCGGAAUUGGAUGCGUUAUUGGGAUAA